AUGGGCUACCCACUCAUUUCAAUUAGCAUCGUCUGCCUCGUCAGCUAUGAGCUCAGGUCUCCUCCAGAGUACCUCAGGAGUUACCCAGGACUUGAUAAAGCCUACGGACCCCUGCCCAGGCCUGAGGAUGGGGGUUUGGUGGAUGGGUCCCAGGGAGCCAAGAGCGACUAUUUGGGUGUUGAACCUUCUCCGGAUGCAGCCUUAACCGCAGUGGACCUUGAGAAACCCCUGCACCUGCAGGCUGAGAAGUGGCUGUCUGGGAACUCAGGAAGCAGCAGUGGGGCCGUGGGCCUCAGUGGCUCCCUGACGCGCCUCUGUGCAGGCCUUUCCACAAACAUCAGCAUUGGCCCAGCACUGGACAUCAGUAUUGGCCCAGUUUUAAAGCUGCCACGUGUGAAGCGGGGCGUCCGGCAGACCGGAGCGCCCAGACUCUCACACGUGUGUGAAUCACCUGGGGAAUCUUGUGAAGAUGUCACGUCUGCAUCCCUGCCCCUGCUGUGCCGGGGGAAGCCAGUGUUGCCCUUGGUUGUGCAGCUGGACAGUCUGGAAACGCAAGACCAGUCUGUUUUCCCACGGCCCCCAGCACUGCCAGCGCUGCCCCAGGCAUCCCUGUGUCCCCUGUUCUGGAUAGAGUUCAAAGGCCGCUACGGUGGAUUCUUCCUUCUCAGUAAGACCUGGGUGGAGGGUCUCCACUGCUCCGAGUUCUCCAUGGGCAGGAAGUCUGCCAAAGUGUCCUCCAUGCACAAAUGAGAGGAGAGUGUCUUUGUGUGUGACCUUGUGAACAGCCAUGUUACUGGGGUCCCAGAUGACAUCUGGAUGAGCCUUCAUGACCUCAGCUACUGGGACGGGAGCCAGCCCAAUGGCGGCAUCCACGUGAACCCAGAAGAGGACUCCGUGCAAAUGUGGUACCGGCCUACCAGUGGCGGGUGCCCUGAGACGAGGGUUCUUAUGGGGGGAGGAGCCAAGCUGCUUGGGGCGGCCCAUAAAGUUUCAGCACCUCGGAGAGCGUUCAGGGAAGCUAAGGGACUUGGGAGCUUCUGUGAGGACCGGCAGAGCCGGCUUCUCCAUAAGCAACCACAACACUACCAGGAAGCUGUAGAAUUAGCCCAAGAUAUCACUGCAGGACAGAAAUACGGGCUGGAUGUGGUUGAAAACAACUGCUCCGGGGCCAGCGGUGGCAGUGGCUUCUCUGGAAGCAGCUGCUGA